AUGCGGCUGCUCUCGCGAGCUCUUCGCAUGGUGCAAGUCCGCCGGCCCGCCGCAAUGUCCCCGAGGAGCCCCCGAAGAGCGUUCGUUGGCUGUAGCGCGGCGGGUACAUGCCUGCUACAGCCCCGGCGCAGGCUGAGCGCCUGGCCCAGCUUGGACGACCUGUUCGCCGCCCCCUCCUUACGGCGCCUGCUGGAAGCGCGGGCGCGGGGCGGGGCGGGGCCGGAGCUGGCGGCGCGAAUCCAGCGGCUGCAUGACAAGGAGCAGGAGCUGCGUGACACACGGGAGCUGGCGAGGCAAGAUGAGAGUGAAGAUUUCCAGAAGCUUGCAGAAAGGGAAAUUGCUUCCUGUGAAGAAGAGGUAGCUGCACUGAAACACCAGAUAGCAUUGCUUUUGAUUCCUUCAGAAGAAACAGACAACAGUGAUCUUGUCAUGGAAGUAACUGCUGGAGUUGGAGGGCAGGAAGCCAUGCUGUUCACCUCAGAGAUAUUUGAUAUGUAUCAACGAUAUGCUGCCUAUAAGAACUGGAAAUUUGAAAUAUUAGAAUACUUUCCUAGUGAAAUAGGUGGCCUGAGACAUGGAGUUGCCAGUAUAGCUGGUCUUGAGGCUUACAAGUACAUGAAAUUUGAAGGGGGAGUGCAUCGUGUUCAGCGGGUGCCAAAGACAGAAAAACAAGGACGCAUUCACACCAGCACAAUGACUGUUGCAAUAUUACCCCAACCCACUGAGAUGAGGCUGCAAAUCAAUCCAAAAGAUCUACGGAUAGAAACAAAGCGAGCUAGUGGAGCUGGAGGCCAGCAUGUCAAUACCACAGACAGUGCUGUAAGGAUAGUCCAUAUCCCAACAGGGAUUGUGUCUGAAUGUCAGCAAGAAAGAUCACAAAUUAGAAACAAAGAGAAGGCAAUGCAGAUGCUAUGUGCCAAACUAUAUAAUGCCAAACUGGAAGAAGAAACCAAGAAGAGAAAUAGUGCUCGAAAAAUUCAAAUUGGCACAAAAGGAAGAUCAGAGAAGAUCAGAACAUACAACUUUCCACAGGACCGGAUUACUGACCACAGGAUAAGCAGAUCAGUGCAUCAUAUUGAGUCUUUCAUGCUAGGGGAAGAAAUGCUAGAUGAAAUGAUACAAACUCUGAGCACAUAUGCUGAUUAUGAAUCUUUAAUGGAAGUUAUUUCAGAAAAUGAAAAAAAGAAUGUAUCCUGAGCGUUGCUUUUUGUCGUCCCGUUACAA